AUGGCCUCCCAGAAGGACCCAGACAAGAGCUGGGAGGAGAAGCAGCACCCAGAGAUCAAGUUGGAGCAGACAAUGUGCAGCCUCAAGGAAGAAGAGGAUGAGGAGGUAGAGGACAAGAUGGAGGAUGCUGCUGCUGAGGAGAAUGGUGACUAUGAGGAAGAUAAGUAUGAAGAGAAAUAUAAGGAUGAGGAUGAAGAGCCACUGAAGCACCACUGCCCCUACCCUGGCCCCCGGCCCUUUGUCUGUGGGGACUGUGGCCAGAGGUUUAAACGGAGCUGUGACCUCACCCGGCACUACCUCACCCACAUUAGAGGAAAGUCUUUCACAUGUGCUGCCUGUGGCCACAGCUUCACUCGGCGCGCUCAUCUCACCCGGCACUACCUCACCCACACUGGGGAGAAGGCCUUCGCCUGUGCCAUCUGUGGCAAGAGAUUCAGCCAGCGCUCUCAACUGAGCCAGCACCACCUCACCCACAGCAGUGAAAAGUCAUUUAACUGUAGGGACUGUGGCAAGAACUUCAAAACCAGCUCCAGUCUCACCAUCCACCGCCGCAUCCACACUGGAGACAAGUUGUUCCCCUGUGCUGAGUGCGGCAAGAGCUUCACCACGAGCACCAAACUCAUCCGACACCAACUCAUCCACAGCGGUGACAAACCCUACAGCUGUGCCGACUGCGGCCAGAGCUUCGCCUACCGCUCAGGGCUAGCCCAGCACCAUCGUGUGCACACCGGUGAGAAGGCCUUCAUCUGCAAUCAGUGUGGCAAGAGCUUCACUCACAUGUCCACUCUCAGGCAUCACCAGAGUGUGCACAGCACUGGGAAGUCCUUCACUUGCAGGGACUGCAACAAAACCUUCAAAACCAGCUCCGGUCUCACCAUCCACCGCCGCAUCCACACUGGAGACAAGUUGUUCCCCUGUGCUGAGUGCGGCAAGAACUUCACCAAAAGCACUGCGUUUAUCCGGCACCAACUCAUCCACAGCGGUGACAAACCCUACAGCUGUGCCGCCUGCGGCCAGAGCUUUGCCUCCAGCUCUAACCUCACUAAGCACCGCCGCACCCACACCGGCGAGAAGCCCUACAGCUGUGCUGACUGUGGCAAGAACUUCACUCACAAGUCCUCCCUCACCAAGCAUCUCAGUGUGCACAGCAGCGAGAAGUCCUUCACCUGCAGGGACUGUGGCAAGAGCUUCAAAACCAGCACCACUCUCACCAUCCACUGCCGUAUCCACACCGGAGAGAAGCUGUUCCCCUGUGCUGAGUGCGGCAAGAACUUCACCAACAGCACGAAACUCAUCCAGCACCAACUCAUCCACAGCGGCGACAAACCCUACAGCUGUGCCGACUGCGGCAAGAGAUUCAGAUCCAUUUCCAACCUCAUCCAGCACCGUCCUGUGCACAUUGGUGAGAAGCCUUUCACCUGUGCCGACUGUGGCAAGAGUUUCACUCGGAAGGGAGGACUCACCCAGCACCGUCUUCUGCACACGGGCAAGAAGUCUUUCACCUGUGCUGACUGCGGCAAGAGUUUCACUCGGAAGGGAGGACUCGCCCAGCACCGUCUCCUGCACACAGGCGAGAAGCCUUUCACCUGUGCUGACUGCGGAAAGGGAUUCACCCAGAAGAGGUACCUGAACCAGCACCAUCGUGUGCACACCAGAGAGAAGCAUUUCAUCUGUGCUCACUGCGGGAAGGGCUUCACCCUGAAGGGACACCUCACCAAUCACUGCUGCAGCCACACCAGUGAACAGGCCACAGUGCAGAGGAGGUGCAAAUAG